AUGUCGAGGACCCAUUCGCAGCAAUGUGGGCCUACCACAUCCGAAAAACCGUCCGACCCAGUAUUGCGCUCACGACAACCUGUACGACUGCCUAUGACAGCUAAUCCAUACCUCCAGCACGAAACUCAACAUCAAGUUUCUGAUAUGGGCUACGAAAGUCCCAUGCUUUUAGAGCCAUCCGAUCUUCGAUCAACAAGGCAGUUUCCAGAGAGGUUCAUAAAUCCAAAUUGUAUGCCUUCGUCCGACAACUAUUUCAUCGCCAGCCAACUCGUACCUCAAGCGCUACCAUUGCGGAUGCAUUGCCACGCUCCAAAUAUAUCUGGUUCGCGAGAGGACCCUGGACAAGCAACACCGAAUCCUACGUCAAGCCAAGACCGCGAAGACGUCGGUCAUUCAGUGCGGAUAGAUGACCUUGGUUUCAACAGCGGUCCUGCAGCGACGCCCAGCCCAGUCCAUUUCGAAGAAAGGCCAGAUAGUUUAUUAAAUUACCUAGCGCCCGCUAGUGCUCAGCAGAAAACGAGACUGCGAAACCCCAAUCGCAGGAUCCCACAUAGCUUUGAUAAUCUGCUCCAUCAAGACUCCUGGCUGUCAACUCCUCCAACAACCGGAAGAGAAUCUCCACAGAGAAAAUACUAUCUUUAUAUUUGA